CUUAGAAUGCCAGCUUCACGUUCACGUAAGGUAGGGUUUUGAACGAGUGGCUAAAAUCUUCUUCGCCUCCUUCGACGGCGUUCCUUACUGUCCAAUCGGAAGUCGCGAAAGUUCGCCGUUCUUCCUGUUGGAUUGGACGUAUCGACGGGAGCUCGCUCGCUCGCUCGCUGUGAAAAUAACUAUCGUUCUCCCUUUCGCCCGCUUCUUCAGCCAAAUCCCGUUAAUCCGCGGAACUCCAGGAUUUAGUAUAUCCAGGAUUUAUGGAAAAAAGAGGGAAACAGAGGAUUUAUUCCGCCGUGAGAUCUACCGGCUGGCUAAAUCCUGUUUGGCAGGAAUUAGCAUAAAUCCUACUCAAAUCCAGCAUAAAUCCUGUUGCCAAACAGCCCUUAAGAUGUCUGAUUUUCCGCAGAUCCUGCUUCAAAUCCGAUACCAAACAACUCCUCAGAUGUCGUUAACCGUUUGACCUUCUUCUUCGCAGCCGUUCACGUUCGGCUCCGUAACCGCAAAGCGUAGAGUUGCACCCACCUCCUCUUCUUCUUCAUUCUCUCCUCUUGCUCUGUCCUAACUUCGUGAAAGGCGGUAUUUUGGGAGAACCAUUCGAUACCGUAAAGCGCGGCACCUUUUCAAAACAAGCUCCUUUCUUCUUUAUUCCCCGGCUUCUUUGGUUGUAGCGCCGCAAAUGGUUGAGCAGGGUGAUCUCAGUGAGGAAACCAUUGCCAGGGAAACUCCUCAACUCGUCUCUUUGCUCAAAGAGAUGAAGGACGGACUAGAUACCGUGAGGAGCAAAGUGCAAGCCUUGACAGAGAAGGUUAAGCAGAGCCAACUACCCACCUCAGAUGGUAUGAGCUAUCUAGAAGUGAAACAUUUACUUCUUCUAAAUUAUUGUCAAUCCAUAGUCUACUAUACUCUUCGUAAGGCCAAAGGGUUGUCGAUUGAGGGCCAUCCUGUUGUCAGAAGUCUUGUGGAGAUCAGACUGUUUCUUGAGAAGAUUCGGCCAAUUGAUAAAAAGCUUGAAUAUCAAGUUCAAAAGCUUACAAGAGCUGCUACUGGUGGCGCUCCUGCAGGGAAAGCAUUGCAGGUUCACGAGGAACAGAAGAAGGUAGAAUCUCGAGAAGAAGAUCCGUUGAGGUACCGCCCAAACCCGGAUAUGCUUGCUAGCAAAACAAGCCAGGCUCAGAAGGAUAUUGGUGGUGUAUACCGGCCCCCAAAAUUUGCACCUACAAGCAUGGAUGAUGAUAAGAUGUCAAAAGAAGAGAAACAGGCCUUAAGGAGGGACAAAGCAUUGUUGCGGCAGACAAAGCAAAGUUCUUACAUGAAAGAACUUAUGGAUGAGUUUGAAGAUAAACCUGAAGAGGUAAGGGAAAUUGUUGGAUCUGAAAGCAGAGAACUUUCGAGGUAUAUAGCUAAGCGUGAAGAGCAAGCUCAGCGAGAAGAAGAACUCUUCACUCGUGCUCCAGUUACAAAACGAGAGAAAAGAGUUGAGAAGUACAUGAAGAAUUCAAGGAACGGAUUACUUUCCUUGACGGAUGAUUUCCAUAAUGAGAUUAGAACACUGCCUUUAGAGGAGAAAGAAAAGGAGAACACUCUUUAUAUUAACAAUGGUGGUGCAGGGAAAAGAUUUAAAAAGCGAAAGAUGUUUCAAGCAAUCAAGUGAACAUUGGAAUGUUAAUGGAGCACAGCAAAUAGUAUUUCUCUUAUUUUUAUAAUAUUAUGAGCUAUGAUUGGACAUCUCCAAAGCUUUUAAAGCAUGGGAAAAGAGAGACACUGAAAGAACAAGCGGCAAGCUUGUCCAGCUCUGGAAGGCUGUCUGCUACUUCACAAUCUCCAGGCAAGAUAACGCAUCUUGUGAUUACGGCCAUUUAUUAUAUGAGGCUUGUAUGCAUAUCUAUAAGGUUAUCCAUAGAAAUUUAUUCUUCAAUGUUUCCUACAAUCAAAAUUUCAUUCAAAGUUAAAAUAGCAUUGGGAUUGUACGCCAAGAUUUACAGCUUUUUUAUUCUCAGAAUGUGCCGGCUUUGUUAUUGCUCGAGUGACUUGGACUUUGUGAGCUCA